UGCUGUGUGCUGGAGCGAUGUAGUAGACGCGCAGGACGGAGCGGACACCGAGGGCGACUGCUGAAGAACUGGACCCAGAGCUCUGAAAUACACUUGCAUCAAGGCUUGAGAGGAGUAGCAUGGGCUUGUUGAUGAACAGCAUUUAGCACCGGGAUCAUCCGAGCGGGAAGGCCCAUCUUGAGCCGUUUCAUAGUGGAGCACAUUUGGGUUUGACAUGGCUUGGCCUUGUAUCAGCCGCGCGUGCUGCAUGGCCCGCUUCUGGACGCAGCUGGACAAGGCGGACAUCGCGGUUCCGCUGGUGUUCACCAAGUACACGGACGCGUCAGAGAUGCAGCACGUCCAGCUGCAGCCGCCUCUCCAUCCCUCGCAGGCGCGGGUCGCCAUAGAGACGCAGCCGUCUCGUGCGGGACACCGCAGCAAGACGGCGAGCCGCACGCCCCGCAGGUGCGUGUCAGAGGAGCGCGUGUGCAGCUCGGUGAUGCGCGAGGACUUUAAACACUGGAGAGUUCGCCCGGAGCCGAGCUGUAAACCCAAGAACCAGUACCACGAACCAGACACGCCGUUUAACACCGAGACCCAGUACAUGAAGGACUACAAGCCUUGGCCGAUACCGAAACGGUACGACCACCCCUGGAUACCCAAACCGCCUGCGACGAUAACUGCGGGUGACGACCGGGCGCUGGACCGGUCCAGGCACGCGAAGCAGCGCGCGGCGCACGCGGCGCCGGCGGACAGCGGCGUGGAAAAGAGCGCCAUCGCUGACAAAGUGCAGGAGAAAGACCUGCUCCAGGACCGGAAAAAGAGGAGCACCAAGACCGAGGGGGAGAAGAAGGUGCUCCUGAAGGAGGGAGAGGUGCGAGGGAGGCCGGCGGACGCGGUCAACAGACAGAUCAAACAGGAAAUCUCAACAGGAAGUUCCUACAAAACCGAAUUCAAAGCUUACAGAGACGUCAAGCCUGCAAAGAUGAUCCGGGCCAGGUCCCAGUACCUUCCCCCGGAUGAAAAGACCAACCUGGAGACCAGCUACAGUGCAACUUUCAAGGGUCAAGCUCCGCUGCAGCCAGCUGACAACAAAGCCCUGGAGAGGAGGAGGAUACGGAGCCUGUACAGCGAGCCCUACAUCGAACCCAUCAAACAGGUGGACAGGUAUAGUGUCCCUCGCUCUAAACCCAAAAGGUCUGGAGCUCCAGCCGCAGGCCAGAGCAAGCCGCUGAAGAAAGCCAGAGACAAGCAGGGCUCAGCGCAGAGAGGCUCCAAGAAGACCACGUCGGAGAACCAGCCGGCGACUCGAGCGGCGGUGGGGGACAAGGAGAAAAGUAAAGAGAUGAACAACAAACUGGCUGAGGCAAAAGAGGUUGUUCUAAAACAGUACCACUACAUUCAACUCUGCCAGCCAAUUCGAGAUAUUGGCUGGGUGCAGACGCUAAAGCAACACCUGUGGGGCUGUGCGCUUCCCGAUCCCAGAGAUUCUGAAGACGAGGUUCUCCGACCCGGUCAUCAUCAUCCCCAGGGUGCUGCUGGAGGAGAACCACAGCCACUGCUGGAGAGACGUGAACCACGACGGAGCGGCGGAGUCGUACGAUUUGCUCUCGAUCUGACUGAGUAGCCGGGCCAGUCUCGUCCGGCCGCUGUGUAUAGCUAGUAUUUGAAUUCCACGCGCACAACAAGACACAUUUUGGCAUCUUCAUUGGUGAACCGAGCAUGUUUUAGACCUCAGCAGACCAUGUCAUUUUGAUUUCUCAAAGGUGCUACGAUCGCUGUUUUCUGCUGUUUCGUUUCAGUGUUACACCAUCAAGUGCUUCUAAGUGCAAAUCAACCUGUACUGUAGAGUCAAUAAACAAGCACAACAUGGAGGCUGCUUUUGGUUUCUUCCUGUGGGACCAAGGGUGUGUUUUGGAGCUGCUUGUUGCACACAGUAGGGCUGUCUUGUCUCAGGCUCUGAGUCACUGACCUGAAGCUUUGUCUCGCAGCUUUAACCUGAGGCUGCUGUCUUCUAGGUUGAGUUUUGCAUGAUUCAGAUGAACACGUUUUUUGCUUGUACUCGACACCUGUGUCAUGGCUGCUGGACCGAUCGAACCAGUAAAGGCCCCGCCAUAGUAGCUCCGGGGCAGAGCUCAAAUGUAGAAGUGAACUGAGGUCACACUCGUAGCACAGCAAUAAUAACUGAUGGCAAUAGUUGUGGCAAACCAGGAGGAAACAAUAGUUUACGUGUUACACAUGCUGUUCUGAUCUAGAGUGGUGUCCAUUACACUAAACCUGGGUCACUUAUUUUUUCACAUUAGGUCAUAAUAUAUGAGUAUAAGUUUCAAUUUAUAUGUCAAUCUAUUGAGUCCCCAGUUCUUCAGGGGCUUUGUUCUGAUUUAAACUUGUGCAUUUACAAGAAUAUUGUGCGGUUUGGGGGCCACACGGGGCCCUUUCACAGCCCCUAAAUGGGCCCCAUAAGAAAAAGGGUUAAAAUAAGAUUUUUUUUUAAAUGUAUGUUGUUUUAAACAACACCACAAUUGGGAUUUUUUUUUGUUGUUACAGCAGCACACGAACAUGAAAUAUAUUUUAAUAGAGCUGGGACUUGAAGAGAUACAUUUUGAUAAAUCGAGUAGAAAAAACAGUCACAAACAAUGCAGUUGAAUCACAUUUAAAUGGUCUUUCUCAGGGAAACAUUGUUCAGCGCACCUGCUCCAGGUGCACCUUGUUAUAUAGUAAAAUAUGAUGACAUAACAAAAAACACAGAUGAUGAAGGAGACUCAUGGGACUGAGCGGAUGGAGGGAAAAUAUAAGUUAAAAAAACUUUAGUGUUCACUACCUAUGUGUACAGAUUCAACAAAAAUGUAAUUGAGUUUUUCCCAUUUCACUCACUAUACUACAUAUUUUAUAACCUAGUUGAACCCAGAUGCAGCAGGACAUCACACGACUGGCUGAAUCUUCAGUCCAAAGAAGUGCUAUUACAAUAUGGGGCUAGAAUGGGGCCGUCUUACAUUGGCAUUGACAAAACAAUAUUGGCUGAAAAACAAAAUACAGGAAUUGAAAACAAGAAUAUUGGCUUAAAAAAGAAUAUAGUAAUAAAAAAAGAUUUAUGGGUGAAAAAAUAAAUAUAGUCUUAUUUUUAAUUUUUGUACAUUUUAGUUUUCUACAAAAAUGUUUCAGCCGAUAUUUCGUUUUUCAAUUCCUUUAUUUUUUAUUUCAGCCAGUAUUUUUUUUUAAUGACAAUAUAAGCUGCCCCCAUUCUAGCCCCAUAUUACAAAUGCAGGUUUUUUGUUUAUUAACUCUAAGGCAUUUUUUAUAAAAGAUAAGCGGAGAAAGUCAAAAAACAAAUGUGUUGUUUUGUUGUGGUCAGAAAGGUUGUCUCCUUGUCCCGCUUCAUUCUGGUGCUCAUAUUGGUUCUGACCAUUUCUGUGAUUCAUGUGUUCGUCUGCCGAGUCUCCUCUGGUGAGCAUGAACUCGGGAAGGGGGCGCAGAGCUGUCGCGCCCCAUCAUCCAGUCAUCCGUCCUUGAGGGAUACUCACAAAUAAUUUAAAACUCAAAGAAUUGAACAGGAAGUGAGUGCAAAUCACAGUCAACUAUCGUGCUGCAGAAGCGCAGACGUGGCUCCCAGUCAGUCUAUUUUAGAGCAGCAACCAUGAUUCUUCCUUGGUGGAAGCAAAGGUCCAGUAAUGAGACGUCUCAUAUUUCAAGAGGGACUCUGGUUCGGCUCACAUUUAGAGGACUGUAAUCCAUUUUACACCCCUCAGGUGCUCAGAGGGGUCCAGCUUUGACCCAGAAACACACAUCAGGGUGUUCAAUUAGUAAUGAGCAGUGGGACUAUGAGGUCCUCAGUAAUGCCUGUGACCCUCACACACACACACUCUCUCUUGCACCGCUAUCCUUGUGGGGACAUUUCAUUGACUUUCACCAGGCUCUCACACUAAACCUAACCAUCCGCAACAACUGGCUGACCUUUACCAUGGCUCUUAGUUAUUUGGAACCUCAAAUUGAAACCAGCAAAAACGCCCCCACAAGUAUAACUAAAGCAGCAACACACACUCAGGGAAGACCACUUUGUUCUUAAACAUAUCUUAAAUUAUUUGUUCUAGAAAGGGUUGGAUGAUAACAUACUCUUAAAUAAAAGAAUUCGUUCCUUCUUUAAAUUUUAUUAUAUAUUAAAAAAAACAGGGAGCUAUUUAUAAUGGUUUUGCUGGAGAAGUCGAUUCAUGGCUGAAUUGUUAAAAUGCUCAACAAUGAAGCUGAUAAAUGAAAGUAACCUUAUUUAGAAUAAAAAUAUUUAUAUUUUAUAACAUAGUGCAGUACUUUUACAAAUGUUGUAUAAUGUCAACAGUUCUCUGAUCUGAAAUCAAUAAAAAAAAAUUUAAAAAAAAUCAAGCUCCAUGUGGAGAGGGGCAGGCGGUGACAUCACAUACGGUCCAUGUUCUGCUGUACCAUUAUAAAUAUUACUAGAAUGACAGGUGAGAUAAGUAAAGGCACAAAAGCAACUCACUUUUCCGUCCCUUUUGUUUUGUACAUCUUUGAGAAUCAAAUUCAACAGUGAAAUCACUUUAACCAGGUCAACAGUGAACUGAAGGCAAAAAUACAAUUUCAAACUUUGCUUUGAUGUCUGCGCUCCCCCUCCAUCCCUGUUGCCAUGGAGACGAGUUGCCUGGUUUCAGGCUGAAUGGGAUGGCUCGGAGGCGGAGCUCUCCAGAUGGUAGUAACCCAUCCCCUCACCACAGAUCUCCAGGGACCCCCUCAUAAGAGAGAACCAUCUCUGUGUUUAGUAUGCAGCGGACGACUUCUUACUAUGAGAUGCUAUUAUGGGAUGCCUAUUUAUAAGGCUUCUUCAGAGUCAGAUGAGGCCCCCCAAAAUUCUCUCUCUUGGCUUGUUUGCAGAUCAUCACAGAGGGAGAACAAGACCCCUCCCCUCUCAGACGUCCAUGUCUGUUUUCCACGCCAUGAUAAACAUGUUGUUCUCGGCUGCACGCCGCCAUCUUGCUCAUCGGGUUCUCUGCUGUGGAGUCAAUGUCAAAGUGCAGUCAGCGUUGGCUCACUUUGAAUAAAGCUGAAGCUUCAGUUGUAUCAUUUCUAGUGACAUUUAAUUCAUACUUUUUUUGUUUACAAUCCCAUCAUCUCAUUUUAAAUCCGUUGUGUCUUGUUUUUCACUCGCCUUACGAUGUAUUUUUCCUGUUAUUUGGCUUAUAUUUUUCUAAAGAAUCUCCUUAUUGUUUUUGUUUUACACAAUAAAACUGUUCCUAUGAAUGGCAGCAGAUUUUUCCAUUCAUUUUUGUCUUAUGUCAACCUUCCCUCAAAUUGAAUAUUUUCAU